GUAGAAGGCAGCGGGAAGCUGACUCUUAUACGCUUUAGAACAUAAAAAAAAAAUAAUAAUAAAUAAUAAUAAUAAUAAUAAUAAUAUGAGGUGGUAGCGGUAAUGGUAGUGAUUGCUGCGAUGGUGUCAGUGACGGAGAUGGCGGUGGUAGCAGAGUAACAGUAGUAGUAGUAGUAGUAGUAGUAGUAGUAGUAGUAGUAGUAGUCGUUGGAGUAGCGGCAACGAUGGUGGUGCUGGAAAUGGUUGGUAGUUGCGAGGUAAAGACGAAAAACAAGUGAAAAGAGAGAGAGAGAGAAAAAAAGAAAUAAAGAAUAAAAAAAAUAGCAGCAAGCAGCAACAAACAAAUAAAAAAGGAUGUAGAAAUACAAAAAUAUCAAUAAAACAAUACCAAGAGGAGCUUGGCAGAGUUUUUCGCUAACAAGUUCCUCUCAGUGUGUCAGUUAUAAGUGACAGGAGAACGACAUACAAGUUGUAUAAACUUCGACAAUUGGGACUAAGCUUAGUCAACGUAAAACGAAGAAACAAUUUCAUGUGCCGUGCAGAAGAGGAAUAUAAUCACAGCUAAUCUGAAAAGUAAUUUGCUCAAUAAAACUUAAAGAAUGAAGCCAAAAUCUUAUCGCUUGAGUUGCCGUUCCAUAAAAGACGUAUUUCUUUAUAUUAUAUUACUAAUCAUGGUAUCAACAUGUAUCACGAUCUACGAAACAAUCAGAUAUACCCCUUGGGUAGAAAACAAAAUAUUGAAAAUACAAUGGAAGCUUCCUCUUCGAGAGUUACACAACAAAGAACUCAAAAAUAAUUCUUACAAGGAUUACCUACGAAAAAUUCCAGAAAAGAAAUCUCAUAUUCGUACUUACAAAGGUCUUUCACAUUCCAAAAAACCGUCGCAGAUUUUGACAACACUUUUAAAAUUACAGGAAACUAUAUUUGGCGAGCGCCGUUCAUCAAAUACAGCUGUGUUAUGGUUAGAUAAUAAAGACUCAAUAGAAGAAGCCGAUUUGUACAGUUCGAACCUGAAGAGUCUAGGGCUACAUGUGAAAAUGAAACAGAAUUAUUUAAAUGACAAAGUAAGCCUUUUUCCAGAGUUAUCGCACCAGCAGUAUUACUAUCAUCACCAUGUGUUUGAUAACUGGACGCUUUUCCUCUAUUUCAAACCGGGACCCGUUUCACCUGACACUCUGGAGAUUCUUCGGAAUAAAGGAUUACGAGAUUUUCAAAAGGUCAAUCACAUUCCAAGUCUUAUCAAUUUAUUUCUAAAUAAAGGACAUCUCUGCCAUGACACAAAAUUAAUUGGAGAAGUUCAAAACUGGAGAGGAAAGUUCAACUACAAACCAUGUUAUUGCUUGUCAGAUACAACCCUAGAAGACAUUCAAGUUCCUCUAACAUCGGAAAACACUACAUGGUGGCGGCUAUAUGAACCAACACAUUUAGACAAACGUCUUCAGGAAAAGGCAGAUCCGGUGAAACUGGUUUCACAUGAACAACUAAAGAUUUUAUUACAAAGCAAACCUUCAUCCGAUAUUAUAUUCCAAGAGAUUCCUAAAGAUUUAUUACUAAUCGAUGGUGAGCCACUGUUUCUUAGAGUCUAUAUCUCUGUUACUUCAAUGCACCCUCUGAGAACAUAUCUUCAUACACAUAUCAAGAUAUUACAAUUACAAGAAGAUGAUGGUGUGAAAUACUUAAAGAUUACAAAUAAAGCUGGGAAACUUUGGAAUUUACUGCUGAGAAUUCAUAACAGUUAUGGACAAUCAUCAGCGGAAAAGUUGCUUUCUUUCUUGAAGAUGGAGAUUGUCUCCUUGCUGAUGUUGGCUGAAACUCUCAUCACUCAGUCCAAUAAAGUUAAAAGUAAAAAUAUUCUGUGUCCAAAUUGCUUCCAAUUGAUACACAUUGAUCUCACUAUAGAUUCCAGUUUUCGACCAUUCAUACUUGAUAUCCAGUGUUCACCUGUUGGAUCCGAUUCAGGUGAAAAUCUGCCUCCUAACUCAGUGAUCAGAGAUCUAUUGAACAUGGUGUUACAAGAAUCCAGUGUCACAAUUGACGUUGCCUAUGCUUUAGACGAGCAAGGAUUAGAUAUAGGUUUGAUGGAAGGUCAGUGUAAUGUAUUUGACCAGUUCUGUUUGUCAAACCAACAACUUCUUUAUCUUCUGGAAAGUCGAGCAGAGAGUUUAAACCUUGGUGAAUUCAUACGCCUAUAUCCUUCUGAAGAUAUCAGUGUCUACAACAAUUUGGUACAACAAUUACAGCAAUAUCUACUGGAAAAUAGCAUUCCUACGAAAGACAAGAGUACAGAACGUAUACAGUUACAAAUUGGCAGAAAAGACAUCACACUUCAUACUGCUUUGAUCCACUCAUUAUUAAUUGGCUUAGAGACAUUUUAUGCAAGUAAUACAAACAGAAAUCCAAGAAUCCCUGACAAUCAUGACGUGAUGGAGUUUUACAUGGACCCAAACAUAUCAAAGAAAAGUGAUGUCUUCCUGCCGACUGUUGCUAGUUACACAAACAGAAAACUGGAAGAGAAGAAAUAUCAAGAGGCAGAUUUGAAAGACCGAAAAUAUCUACGUCCUAGCUGUAGUGAAGAUCCUUUGGCUGUACCAUUUCUAAUGAAAUUUAACAUUGAACCACCAGUCAAACUCACACCAGCAUUUGACCCCAACAUUUCCACAUAUGAAACCAGUGUGCCUUAUGAAUUACUACUGAUAAAAAUUUGGGGGUUUGCCCAAAGUUGUCAAUGCAUCUCUAAGAUAGAUGACAAAUUUGGUUUCCCGAGGGCCAUCAACUAUACUUUAGGAAUUGGCACCAACCGAAUUACAAUUGCUGUAGUGGAUGUGACUUAUAUGGAACCACUUGCAGUAAACACUUAUACAGUAAUAAUCCACAGAAGACAACCUCAAAAGGAAGAAUUUUCACCAGGUGUCAACCACGUUGUCUGUAGCCUGAAGCAGGAUUGCUCCCUGAAAUUUUCUGAAGAUUCUGACUGUGGCUUACAUAAGACAGCAUUUAAUUCUUGGUCUGAUAUGUUAUCCUACAUUGAAAUCUUACCACCGUGUGUUACAGCUGAUAUGCCAGGUCAGUGGGUUGUACCUUGCAGUAAAUGUUCUUCAACAGCUCUCUGCUACUGGCAAAAGGCUAUCUGGCAACCGAAAUCUUGCACCCAUCGCUGGUUCCCAAGAAAUCAACUACAAAAAUGUUUUACAAAUAAAAAGUUGCUGUUCCUUGGUGAUUCAACCAAUCGAGGAAUUAUGCAUUAUAUUCUAGAGAAAGUGAACAUGACCCUGCAGGAAUGGGAUAAAACACACAACAUCAAACACUAUGAUAAUCUCAAUAACCAUACAACAAGCAUGAGUUUUGCUUAUUAUCCUCAGUUCUGGCUACCAACAGAUCAUAGGCCGACCUUUGAUAAAGCUUUCUAUCAACUCCUUCGCAAAAAUUUACCAAUAGAAAACAAUACAAACACAGUUCUUGUCAUUGGAGGAGUGCACUGGCUUAAUAAACAUCAUAUCGACAUCAUUAAACGAGGACUGAAAAGGGAAGGAUUAACAGGAAUAUUUCUGGUCAUUAAAGACUUAGGUGCAGGCUUCCAUCAACCUGUGGAAGGACUUCAUUGUUUAAAUUUGAAAGAACAACAGAAACUGCUUUCCCAUAAUUCCAUUCUCACCAAUUAUGCCCGACAAAAUGGUUUCCAUGUGGUUGAGACAUUCAACAUGACAAUGAGUCGAUAUAGGGACUUUUUACAAGGACAAUGCGCUUGUCACUUUCACAAAGUUGUAACUUUAAAAAAACAGAAGAAAAAAUGCCAUAAGAAAUGUCCUCAUUCUCAGUCAGACCAAGAAGAAGAUUAUCAAUCUCGAACCUUCCAUGUAGAAGGAGAAAUUAAUGCAAUCUAUUCAGAAAUGAUGAUUACUCAAAUAUGUUCUCACAGUUUCAGUCAUUCUUUGUCAUGACUAUAAAAGGUUCCUAAGAAAUUAUUAAUUUGCCUGAUUCUAAGUUUUCUUAGUCAUUUUGUUCCAGAAUUUCAUCAGACAAAAGAAGACUGUUCUGAAUCCACACAUCUGGGCUGUGUGAAAACUUAGUCAACAACACAUUGCUCAAGGUCUAGCAGGGCUGAGUAUACUGGUGUUGACAAUGAGUUAACCCAAACUUGUGGCGCUGGAAGAUAUUAUAACAAACUGCAAAAAUUUCAGAGAAAAUACAAAUCUAAAUACAGCAGUAGACUUUGUAAUCUUCUGAACAUAUAAGAAAAAUGUUUAUAAUUUUCUAUGAAAAUGUGAUAAAUUCAUAAGCUUCAUAAAAUUCAUAAUCUUCAUAAAAUUCAUAAACCAAUGUAAUUUUCAAACAUGAAACUUGUAUAUUAUUUUACUUACAUUUAUUUUUAUUCAUAUUUUUCAUCAAUCAACAUCUUCAAUCAGAUAUAUUGUUGUUUUGUUUUUUACCAGUAUAUCAGUAUUUAAAUCAUAUUCACAGAAAGUUGGUUUCUAUCACAAAGGAUAAUAUACUGUAUAUUGUAGGCAAUAUUUAACAGGAAGUGUCCAUGCUUUGGACAAGAAUAAUUGAUUCCAUAAGGAACACAAAAAGCCUCAUCUGAAAAUCAAAGCAAUGAUACUUGCUACUACAUACAGGCUACGAUAUUAUAUUUAAUGGAUUUUGAAGGUGAUGGAUUGAAAGGAUCAUUAGAGCAUCUUUGUUCUAAGUUCAAAUCUCCCCCAAAUUAGUUUUGUCUUUCAUCUUUUUGGGGUUGAUAAAGUACCAGUCAUUUACGAGUUAAUGUAAUUGACUGCUUCCUUUAAAAAUUGUUGGCCUUGUGCCUAUCCUACUAGAGGCAAUAAUUUUUAUUAAUUUAAUUACAAUUCAGUAAUUAAUAUCUUUCCUUACAAAGUAUUUUCUGUGACUUAGGAGUUUCAGUAAAUUCUCAAAAAUAUUUUCCUACAUCUAAAAAAAAUAUAAGUUGGAAACAGGAAAACAUUCUUAAAGUUGAUUUUGCUUCUUUUUUUUAAAGCAAACAUAAUUAAUAAUUUAUACUUUUCAAUUAAACUAAUACUAUUUUUUUAAAAUUACAUUCUGUUUCUAUAUUUUAUAGAAAACAAAAAUAGUAUAUAUAUAUAUAUAUAUAAAAGUUAUACUCCACCAAAAAUUAUUACUCUAAGCUGAAUUCUCAGAUAUAAGAGUAGUGUUAAUAUAUUUAUUUUCAUUCUAAAACCAUUCAUACAACAAAUAGACAAUAGGAAAAAUUACAAUUCUUCAUCGCCACAUCACUUAAGUGACAUUAACCUUUAAUGUUCCACAGUCGUGUGAAUUAUUUUAAAGUUUAAGUCUUGGACCAAAUGCCGUAACUUUGUGCCUGGAAAGAAUGUUGGGUUACACCCAGUUAUAAAAGCUUAAGAAUCAAGUGAAUACUAGAGGUCUUCCAAUUAUUCAGAAUCUGUGAAAUUACAGUAGUGAGCUUUGGUAAUCACUUAACCUGUCAAAAAUAUUUUUAACACUAAGACAAUAGGAAGUUUUUCAUUAAUUGACAUUUAUAAAUAAGACAAAUAUAUUGUAUGUGGUUAUUUCUUUGAAGAGUUAAUUAUAUAUCUGAGUGUUUGUUCCAAUAAUAUUAGAUCUCAAAAUGAAGUUAUCAAAGCAAAGAAUAUGAAGAGAACUCAGUCAUAUGAUUAUUAAAUUGUCUUUAAUAGUAAGAGACUGCAAAAAGUGUUUGUCUCAGUACAGUAUCCCUUUGUUAUCAACUGGAAGUAAAAAAUCAUCUACAUAGUCACUGUACAGUAUGUCUUUGUAACUAAUUUGCAAUACAAGGGGACCAGUCAUACAACAUUAGUAGUAGACAACUAUGGUUUUGUAUAAAAACAAUGUUUCUGUUGGGGUUUUAAUUUUGACUACGUUUCAGCUUGUCUGCCCUCUGUGUUCAGCUAAUAUAUUCCUACCUUUAUACUUAUAUAGCAUAUAACAUUGAAGUAGCUGGGGAAGUAUAAACUGAUUGAGGCAUAGAGUUGUCAGAGACACAGACAAAUCAGGUUAACAUCCCAAAAGCCUAUGUUACUUAUGUAAGAAGUUAUCUAAGAAAUGUAGACAUGCCAAAACUUAUUAUAUUAAUUGCAACACCAAAUUCAAAUCCUCUUAUGGAUCUGAAGACAUUCAUGUGAAUUUACUCCAGUGUGUUGUGACUCUUUCAUCAACACAGUCACCAGUAGUGACAGUCAUACAACUACUUUGUUUAUCAAAGGAUCUAUGUCUGAAAUGCUAGACUUUUCCACUCCUUGCAGCAAUCAUCCACAAACUCUUAAUUUCUGAAACCAUUGCUGACAAUGCCAACACUCAGUGAUUACCUUGAAUUCUGGAUUUUAUCCUUAAAACUUCUUUGUUGAUUUCUUACUCUCCUUCACAAAUCAACAUUCCAUAUUUUUACUAUGGUUACUCGAUUAAGGUACAGUUUUCAUGGGAGGACUGUUCCUGGCUUGACAAGAUACCAUAUAACCAGUCUGUAAGUAGGAAUCCUAUUACUUGACUCAAACUGUUUCUGGCCAAAGCACUUAGCCAUCAGAUGAACCUAGCCACUUAAUGAAUAGAUACCAUAGAAUGAUGGAACAUAUGCUAUAUGCAAUAGCAGCCAUGUGAAAUUUCUUUUUCAUUCAUUUACAGUACUGAAACUUCCUGUGAGUUCAGGUCAUGAUAGAAACACUAAUGAUGUGACCCUACAAUCAGUUCUCUCACCACAAUUUCAGGAUGAACUAGAAAAAAAACUGUUCAUUUUACAACCUGAUAAUAAGAGUUUAUUCAAUCCAUUUAUCAAUGUAAUAUGCUUAUUUAUAACAACACAUUAUGGUAAGAUAAUUUACUUCAUUAUUCCAUACCACACUUCUCUCAUGUUCUAUAAAUGUUCACUAAAGAAUUGCUAAUUUGUUAUAGUUUCUGAGAGAAAAUUCUUCAUAUCAAAUUGUACAUUGACCAGGAAUCAUCUUUAUUUUUCCAAAUAAAAAUAUUUUGAAAACUUUGUUUCAUUUUAAAGCUUUAUUGUAAAUUAACAGAAUUACAAUAAAAUGAAUUCUUUCUGCUU